CCCGCCCUAGCCUCUUUACCUCUGAUCCUUAUCAUUGUCCCCCCUUUGCCGCCCGGUUGCUCGGUGUUCGGUGCCGUCGUCGACUCACAAACACAAAUUGGGCUGAGCCGCCGUCGAUUCAGACACGAAUCGACGUUUCAGUUCUCGGUGCCGCCGUUACCGUGCAACACGAAUCGAUUCACAAUUCCGGUUGCUCGGUGCCGGCGUCGACUCACAACUCCGACCCUAACCCGCGCUGUCUAAACAGCCUCAACCUGAUUGUCGGUCUCUGCUCUCUCGCUCUCGAAUCUCUGUUCGUCUUCGUUGGCAACCCAUCUGUUCGUCGGCAACUGCAACUAAUCUCGCUCUUCCACUGAAGCGGCGCUGUGUUGCUGUUGCGUUCGAAGCAUCAGUGAUGGGUGGAAAGCGAAAGAACCAUGGUGAAGACAUUGUUUCAAGUGGAGAAGAGGAUAAUAUUAAAAGUGAUAAAAACAAUGGGGUUGAUAGUGGCGAAAAGAAAAAGAAAAUAGAGAAUGAAAGGGGAAGGGAGUUGCUUCCAUCAAUGAUAAAGAACAAGGAGAAGAGGUCGGCUGUCCAUGCAAAGCUCAAGCAUCAGAAGAAGCUAGAGAAGCGUAAGAGGGCCAAGGCUCGUGAUGCUGCUGAGAAAAAAGCCCUUGAGCUUGGCGAGGAGCCUCCACCAAAGAAAAUUCCACGAACAAUUGAGAACACUCGGGAGUUUGAUGAGACUGUUUGCAAACCUGAUGAUGAAGAGCUCUUUGCUGCUAAUGAUGUGGAUGAAUUCAGUGCAAUUUUAAAGUGUGGAUGGACUCCAAAGAUAUUAAUUACUACUUCCCGGUUCAACUCAACCAGAGGACCUGCUUUCAUAUCAGAGUUACUCUCAGUGAUCCCAAAUGCUCAUUACUACAAAAGAGGAACAUAUGACCUGAAAAAGAUUGCGGAAUAUGCAAGGAACAAAAAUUUCACAUCUAUUAUAGUUGUCCAUACUAACCGCAGGGAACCCGAUGCUCUCCUAAUUAUUGGUUUACCAGAUGGUCCUACUGCCCAUUUCAAGCUUUCAAAACUUGUAUUGCGCAAAGAUAUUAAGAAUCAUGGAAACCCAACUAGUCACAAGCCUGAGCUGGUACUGACAAAUUUCACUACGCGUCUGGGUCAUCGCAUUGGGAGGCUAUUUCAGUCUCUUUUCCCUCAGGAUCCAAAUUUUUAUGGGCGGCGAGUGGUGACAUUCCAUAAUCAAAGGGAUUUUAUAUUCUUUCGCCAUCAUCGGUACAUUUUUGAAAGCAAGGAAUCUAAACAGGGUGACUCAAAAGGUAAAAAAGGCAAGGACUUGAAUGAAAAUGGUUCUCAAGAGAAAAUGGUUGCUCACCUUCAGGAAUGUGGUCCUCGUUUCACACUGAAGUUGAUUAGUCUGCAGCAUGGAACGUUUGAUACGAAAAGUGGGGAAUAUGAGUGGGUUCAUAAGCCGGAGAUGGACACAAGCCGCAGGAGGUUUUUCUUGUAAUGUGCUUUGCUACCUCUCUAUCGAUCUUGUCGGUCUUAUGCAAAGAAGUGAUAAGAGGGGGUGAAGAAUGGCCAAAACUUGGGAUUGUGGCGCCUUGAAACAUGAAGAAAAGCUGACAGUAUGUGUUUGGAGGGUGCUGAUGAUUACCUUUUAUGUGAAUAACAUAAAGCAUUGUGCUUUGAAAAUUGUUGACAUCUGAAAAUUUACCAAACGGCAGAAUUGUAGGCCUUCUCUGCCCCUCUCAUUUCAGAAGAGAACUCCAUUGCCAAAAUAGCUGGCUUUUGGGAAGCUUGUUUGCACUUGGGGUAGUAAUAGGUGGCUAAUGGAAGUAAUGGUGGAGUCCAUGAGUUAUAUGAGGUUAGAUACAUAUAUGUUUGGCUGGGAGAGCCGAUCUAUUCUUUCAUAUACUGGAAGCCUUUAGCUAUCUUAGAAAAGGAGAGCUUUGAGGGCUCAGUGCCCGGAAAGCCAAUCUUCUUUGGUUUUGUUUUGUUUGUUUGUAUUUUUUCGUGUGUAAUUUAAUGAUAUUAUUUUUUUGUUAUUUUUAUGUUUUGAUUGUUCAUUAGAAUGGCUAAAAGUGUUAAUCUGAGUUUGGCUCCCGCAAGGUGGUUUUUUUUUUUUUUUUUUUGGUAACAAUAUUUUUUUUCUAUUUUGUCUUGGAAAUAUUGUUAGGUUGUGUUUGGAUAGAGUGAUAUUGCUGUUAUAUUAAUGGUGGUACUGUUUGUGCAUUUAUAACGUCGUACGUAUUGAACGAAAUUUAAAAGUCAA